UCUUUCAUUGACCGUGGCCUGCGUCGGGUGUUCUGGAAAAAUUGUGCAACUCCAAGUGCAAGUGUAACUUCCGGGAAAUUCCGGUGCAAAGCUGCUGCAAUUUGUGCACGUGUGUAUUGUGUGUGUGAGGGUUGUUGAAGUGGAGCAAAAAUAAGGGAAAAUUGUGAAAAACAACCUGCUCUGAAAAAUAGUGUGUACGUGGGAAAAGGGGCGAAAAGAGAGAGAGAGAGAAGGGGGAAAAGUGUGGAAAAUGCUGCUGUUGGUUUCGGCGGUGGAAAGCCUCUAGGGAUCGAUUCGGCCACUACAUUUAAUAGGAUUACACCAGCGAACGGUUAGUGCAGCAGCUGCAGUGCAAAGCCACCGACCAGCCCCAGCCCAAACCAAGGGUGCAAGAAUCGAUUUCGCUUCGGGAAACAGCAGGAACUGCAGAUUAGCAGAAACGGUAGCACCAGCUGGUUGAUUCUAAGUUGGAAUUGAAAGAACGUUUUUAGCAGGGGAUAAAAUACAAAAGUGAACCAGUUGAGCUUCUCAUCGGGACCGAAAAAAAAAAUCAUAAAGAAAAACAAAGGUGAAGUACCGAACGGAUGGCCGGCUUUGCGUCCCAGGCGGCCCUGCGGUCCCGGUGGGGCGACCUCGUGGACAGUGGUUCCGCCAGCAUCGAAACGUCCGAGGUGUCCCAGGGGCUUAAGAACGUCGUCGGAUGGCUCAAACAGGCCUCGGUGGAAGUGCGUGAGGCCGGCAAACGUGCCGUGACACAGCUGCAGACGAGUACGCCGAACCUGCUCCACCUGACGACGACCACCACCGGUGCCACCGGAAGUACGCUGUUCCGAACGGGCCAGGACGAGCACCGCGGCGACACAAUGACGGCGAGCGGCCACGACAAGCUGACCAUUCUGCACUACAACGACGUGUACAACAUCGAUGCGACGUGCAAGCAGGAACCGAUCGGCGGGGCGGCCCGGUUCGCCACCGCCGUCAAGUCCUACGACCACCUGAACCCGCUGGUGCUGUUCAGCGGGGAUGCGUUCUCGCCGAGCAUGCUUAGCACCUUCACCCGGGGAGAACAGAUGGUGCCGGUGCUGAAUGCCGUCGGAACGCACUGUGCCGUGUUUGGGAAUCACGAUUUUGAUCACGGCCUGGACGUCCUGGCGGAGUGGGUCGAAAAGACGACCUUCCCGUGGCUGAUGUCGAACGUCGUAGACAACGAGACGGGACGGCCGCUGGGCGGAGGUAAAAUCACCCACAUCCUGCACCACAACGACGUCAAGGUGGGCCUCAUCGGGCUGGUCGAGAAGGAAUGGCUGGACACGCUGCCCACGAUCGACCCAAACGAGGUCACGUACAUCGACUUCAUCAAGGCCGGCAACCAGCUGGCGGACGAACUGCACAACCAGGGCUGUGACAUAAUUAUCGCGCUGACGCACAUGCGGACUCCCAACGACAUCGAACUGGCCAAGCACAGCGGGCACAUUGAUCUGAUCCUGGGCGGGCACGAUCACGUGUUUGAGAUCCUGAACAUCGAGGACACGCACGUGAUCAAGUCGGGUACGGAUUUCCGACAGUUUUCGCGAAUCGGCGUCAACACCGUACGGAACGAACAGGGCAAGAUUGGCAUCGUGGUCGAAAAGGUCGACGUGAGUUCAACAAAGUACAACGAAGAUCCGGCACUGAAAGAGGACUUGAAGAAGUACUCCGAAACGAUCGAAUCCAAAAUGGACGAAGUGUUGGGAACGUUUUCGGUGGAGCUCGAAGGACGAUUCGCGUCGAUUCGAACUUCGGAAACGAACCUCGGAAACUGGAUCUGUGAUGUGGCGUUGGCUGCCACCGGUGCCGACGCGGUCAUGAUCAACUCCGGAACCUUUCGAUCCGACCAAAUCCACCAAGCUGGCCCCUUCACGAUGCGUGACUUGGUCAACAUCAUCCCCAUGCAGGACCCACUGAUAGUGCUCGAAGUAACCGGCAAGAUUCUGCACGAAGCCCUCGAAAACUCCGUGUCAACCUACCCAAAACUAGAAGGUCGCUUCCCCCAGAUCGCCGGAAUGUCAUUCGCGUUCGAUCCCACCCAACCUCCCGGACGCAGAGUCGAAGCCCGCCUAGUCCGCAUCGGCGACGAAUGGCUCAACCUGGAACAGAUCUACACGCUGUGCAUCAAGAGUUACAUCUACGGCGGUUGCGACGGCUACACCAUGUUCAAGGGCUGCAAAGUCCUGAUGGACGACGACGCCGCGCCAGAACUCGGACUCGCCAUCCAGAACCACUUCAAGGCGAUCGACGUGCGCAUGGGCAAGACGCACCACACCAAACAUCGACAAUCGCUGGUGACGCUGUCCCGGCGGCACAGCAUGAUCCAGAUGCUGGAGAACCUGGAGCUGGACGGGCCGACGCCGAUCCGGAGGAAGUCGUACGUGAGUCAGCCCAAGCACGCCAGCAUGGAGCACGUGAACCGGGGAAAGCUGAUGAGACGGGCCUCGUUGGACGAUCUGGAGCAGAAUAGCUGUCAACUGGCGCCGACGAUACAGCACCGGAUAAUUGUCGUGCAGAACCAGGAUCACAUGCACGAGAUGAUCCUGCGGCGGGAAACGAUCGAGGCGAACUCGGUCAUCAAGGAAACGGACGAGCUGACGCCGUAAGUUUGGAACGUUGCGAGUUUCUUUCUUUGCAAUCAGACGAUUUCCUCAAGCUCAUCCCGUUCGACUCGCCUCAUUGCGCCAAAUCUUUCAACGCAGCACUUUUAUUAAUUUUCGGUUUGACACAUUUAUGCUAUACGAUUGUUAUGUUAAUUAAGAGUUAUAAUCGAAUGUUUAUGAAAACAUUGGAGGCCAUCUUCAUCAGCUUUUCUUUAAGUUAGUGCACUGUUUGGUAAUCCAUGCGAGGUAGAAAGACACCCCGUUCACAACUCUCAAAAGACACCAGCCAAGCCAAACCAGCUCAACUAUUUAGAACAGUUCUGUGACCCAGCAUCACCACGAUCAUUGAGUGAAAAAUAAAAAAUAAAGUUUGUGUGAAGUGUGUUUUUAGAAAGCAAGAAAUUGAGCGAAAGAGCCAGUAUGACAAUUUUAGGGAAAACAUUUCAGACUUUAAACUAUUUUGCUAACACACAUAUAAGAAAGAAACAGCUACUAAAAUAGCUAAACGAAAGGAGAGUUGUUUUAAAAAGCAAAACUCACAUCAGUCCGCCCAUAACAUUAUUUUUGUUGCUAGUUUUAAUUGCAAAAAAAAAAAAUAACAAAAAUGCAUUAACACACGCAAGACAAGCGAUUCCAUGCCAGCAGCCGCAGAGGAAAAUAAAAUAAAAACCGACAGUUAACAAGAACAGAGAUGUGUUACACUAACUUAAAUCUUCCCUUUUCCUCCCCACCGCAACAAAAAAAAAAAACCAAAAAAAAA